AUGGUGAAGCUCACAAAAGCACUCGAGGUCCUCGGACUAGCGACCUUGGCUGCGGGCCACGGCUAUGUUGAUACCGCCAGCAUCGGCGGCGUGGAAUACAAGACGAUUGCGCUGCAUGCGGCGUUUGCGUACCCGGGCGUCCAAUUCUACCCGAACUGCCACCAGCUCGAGAUCACCGGCUUGGGCACCGUUGUCCCGACGGAUCUUGUCAGCUUUCCCGGUGCUUAUGCUGCUGAUGACCCAGGAGUUACUUUUAAUGCCUAUUUGCCGAGAAUGAAGAGAUCAGAUGACGCGGCAAGGGUAGCGGAGACAGGCAGCGAGAUCGGGGGGCCAGCGUCAAAGUCGAGCUCUUGCAUUGACGUCGCGUGUACCAGGGAGCCCGUGACGAGGUUGAAGGUCCAGAUGAUGCGUGUGAUCGACGUCAUGGCAGCACCGAAGGUUCUCGUAGCAAAUGAGGCUCAUGUCGGCACAGACUCGACAGCGCCGCUAGAAAAACAGUGUUCAGCCAUUCACAGCAGAAGGGGGCCCAUCAAGAUCAUGCGCUAG